AUGGGGAUUCCACGCCUGUCCCAGGAUCUUCAUCCGUACGCAGAUCAUGUUAUACUUGGCCAGUCCCAGUCAUCUUCAACAGCUCUACCCUCUGAGGAGAGCGGUAAGGACGUACACUCGUUGAUCAUCGACGGCCCUUCACUGGUAUACUACAUAUACAACAAGUUACUCGUAUACAAGGCUUUCCGUUCUUGCACCACAGCCGCGAUAUCUAUCCCGUCAUAUCAGGAAAUCAAUCAAGCCGCGCAUCAUUUUCUCGACGAACUCACAAGCCAUGGAGUCGACGUAUCCGACAUCUUCUUUGAUGGAGGUCUACCUGAGACGAAGCGCGGUGUGCGUCUGGACCGCAUGGAACGGCUCCGCCAGCAGCUGGAAACCUACCGAAAAGUCCAUCCAGAGUCUUUCCCCCUGGGGCCUCCGCAACAAGUCCCUAUCGACUAUGACGAAGCAUUGUGGAGGGCCACGGCGCCGAUCAUGUCGAGUGGUAGGAAACCAACACUCCCCGCUCCACCAUUCAUGGUCGCCAGUGUCAUUGAAUUAUUACAAGCCUCUCCGGACUGGAAAUCCAAAGUCCACAUCGUCCCCGGGGAAGCAGACCUGUCCUGCGCCACGGCAGCAAGGCAAACGGCCGGUUCGGCGAUUCUAACCAACGAUUCAGAUCUGGCUGUCCACGAUCUGGGUUGUAAAGGCCGCAUUGUGCUCUUACAGUCACUCGAAAAGAAGACGAAACACAAACACAAACCCACACCCACAUCCAAAACAUCAACAAAGACAACUACACAAAAUGAGACCAGUCCCGGCCAGAUCACCGCCCUGGCCUUGACCCCAACGCACAUGGCUCAAAGACUAAAUGUCUCAUCUCUUCUCCGCUUCGGGUUCGAAAGAUCCAUCGACCAGAGUCUAUCGAUAUCGCUAGUGCGAGAACGUGCCCGCGACGACUCGCGACUGGACAAGUAUCGCGCCGAAUAUGCAGCUUUUGCACAAGAAUAUCUACCUCUACCUUCUACAACGACGAAUAGUGACGAUCGCCCUCCAUUUCCCGUGCCCACGACCCUCCUUAACUCUAUUGAUCCGCGCACUUGCGAACUCGUCGUUGACGUCACGGACAAAGACACGCCGCACAUCUAUCUGACUCCUCUGGUCGAGGACCCAGCACGCGACUCUUCCUGGUCCUAUGGCGCCGACAUACGCCAACUAGCUUACUCGGUAGUACUCCUGUACAACCGCGCGAACAGCAGCACGCACGAAACCGUUACCGUCACCGAAUACGCCAGGAAAGGACAACGCAUUGCCGCCGCGCAAAUCAACCCCCCCUCCGUUCCCCAGAUCCAGAUCCACUUGACCGAAACCCUUGGACUUCUUCAAGACUACUUGUCGCCGACGUCCACACAAGACGGAAGCCCGGGAAUGGAAACAAACUACUCUGUCAUGAACUGGUACAUUUUAGCGUUCAGCCUCGUCCGUCGUCAAAAGAUUGAAGCUGGUAAAUCCGUCCCACCACCCACACAGAUCCUGCAGCUUUUGGGGAUUGAUGGUUCUAAUCCGAGAUCGUCACCACGCGCAGUUCCAUGGGACGACAUCCAUCUCCUUGCCAAUCUGCAUGCCGUUCUGUAUUCGUUUCGCAUGCUCAAACAGAUCCUGAACUACGUCUUUUUAAACGGUCGGAUAGCAGAACCAGUUCAGAACAACACCCAGUACGACAUCAAUAAUUCAGAUGACAACGCCGACGCUGCCGCCAGUCCAUCCGCGAUCUCCAGCAUAAGCACACAAAUGAAGCAAUUAUCGCAAAAACUCGAGCUGAUGCCGGACAUCCAGCAUUUGUUUCUGGAUAUCUCACAUCUCCGCCUCAUGGGCCGUGGUCUAUAUGACGAUACUCAAUUCUCGACAGUCAUUCGGCAUGCGCGGAACAUGCUCGGACUUGAUGAUGACGCUUCAAAAAGCCUACAGUCCACGCCGGAUUACCCGCAUGGUGCGCCAGCAGGUCGCGAUGCAGCAGAAAAAUCUGGAUCCUAUAUCCAACAUGACGAAGAUCCCGUCAUCAUCACUGGCACCAAAGACUGGAUUGCAUCCAAGCCCAUGAAGAAGAAAAGGAAAACAAACCACACAGCCGCAACCGGUGCGGAGAGAUCAGUGACAACCACAAAAAGUUCAAAUCCAUUUGAUUUGCUCAUGGAAGACUAA